CCGCCACGCCCCGCCCCUCCCGAGACCCCGCCCCCUUGUCCUAUUAGUUGUCGUUCAGUUCGUGUCGUUUAAUGAAUUAUUAACAGCUUUUUGAUCAUGCAACGCAUUCAGCGUUUCUCUGGACACUAAUACAGCAUGUCAGCAGUCUCCAGACCAGCGAAAGAAGAGAAAGCUGCGAGGAUUAAAGUAGGAGCUCAAGACAAACAUGAUGUUAAAGGACGAGGUGAACCGCGCGAGACUCAUGAAGUUUGCUUCCGCCGUGUUCUACGCCUUCUGCUCGUUUUUUAUCAUCGUGGUCAAUAAGAGUAUAUUAACCGAGCACAAGUUUCCCUCGUUUAUGUUCCUCGGAAUCGGACAGAUGACAGCUACAAUCAUCAUCCUGUAUGUUGCCAAGAUGAACAAAGCCAUCCAUUUUCAGGACUUUGACAAAAGCAUUCCUGGGAAGAUAUUUCCCCUGCCACUGCUGUAUGUGGGGAACCACGUGACAGGACUGGGAGGAACUCAGAAGCUCAGCUUGCCCAUGUUCACUGUGCUCAGAAAAUUCACCAUUUUACUCACAAUGCUGAUGGAAUCCAGGAUACUGAGGAAAAGCUUCGCUCCGCCGCUGGUGUGCAGUGUUUUGGCGAUAGUCGUGGGCGCUCUGGUGGCAGCCAGCUCGGACCUGUCCUUCAAUGCAGAAGGAUACACGUUUGUUCUGCUAAACGACGUCUUCACGGCCGCCAGUGGAGUUUACACCAAGAAGAAACUGGGGAUGGAGGGUCUUGGUAAAUAUGGGGUUUUGUUUUAUAACGCUUUUAUCAUUAUUAUCCCAACGGUCCUGGCGAGCGCUUACACCGGAGAUUUAGAGAAGGCGCUAACCUUUGAAGGAUGGAUGUCUGUUACGUUCGUAUUUUAUUUUUUAUUGUCUUGUGUCAUGGGGUGAGUCCA